AUUAUAUUUGUCAGCUGUUUCGGCGUAUUUUUGUAUCACGCCUUUUAAAAAGUAAACCUAAUUUUUUGAAAGGGCACGGAACCGAAUCCCGAAAUGGUGGCCAUACAAUUGUUUAACGAAAUCGGAAGCAUUUUCCGAAACACCCCUACGUUUGCCCUCGUUUUGGAGACACUGCUGGUGAUAACUGUGAUCUGGCUGCUGCUCCAUAGGCGCGGCGGAGGUCGUCGACGCCGACUGACCAAGGAGGAGGAGGACCAGAUCAUCGCCGACUUCGAACCAGAGCCCUUGGUGGGGGACACCGAUCCCGAUCACCCGCUGCUGCGCACCCGCAUCGUCCAGUCCAAGGUGGGCAAGCAGAUCAGGGUCGAUGGACACGACUGCUUGAAUCUGGGCUCCCACAACUACCUGGGCUUCCUCGAGGACCAGGAGAUUCUGGACGAGGCCUGUAAGUCCCUACGCAAGUACGGUGUGGGAUCGUGCGGACCUAGAGGCUUCUAUGGCACCAUGGACGUGCACCUGGAUCUUGAGGAUCGUAUUGCCAAGUUUAUGGGCCUGGAAGAGGCUAUUGUGUAUUCCUACGGCUUUUCGACAGUGGCCAGUGCCAUUCCGGCUUACGCCAAACGUGGAGACAUUAUUUUUGUGGACGAGGCUGUCAAUUUUGCCAUACAGAAGGGCCUAGAUGCCUCGCGGAGCACCAUCGCGUUCUUCAAGCACAACGACGUUGAGGAUCUGGAGCGCCUGCUGAUUGAAAUGGAGAAGCGGGACCAGAAGAACCCCAAGAAGGCGUUGAAGACACGCCGCUUCCUUGUCGCUGAGGGCAUCUAUAUGAACACCGGCGAGAUUUGCCCGCUGCCCGAGUUGGUGGCCCUGCGCCAGAAGUACAAGCUGCGACUGUUCCUCGACGAGAGCAUAUCUUUUGGCACAUUGGGACAAGGCGGCCACGGAGUUACUGAGCACUUUAAUGUCGAUCGUGAUGAGAUCGAUCUGAUUUCGGCAGGAAUGGAGGGAUCCAUGGCCACCAUUGGUGGCUUCUGCGUGGGCUCGCACUUCAUAGCCGAGCACCAGCGUCUCUCUGGUCUGGGAUACAUAUUCUCGGCCUCCCUGCCGCCCAUGCUCACCCAGGCGGCCAUUUCCGCCUUGGAUCGCUUCGAACGAGAACCAAAGAUCUUUGAGCAACUGCAGUCCAAAGCUAAGACGCUGCAUCAAAAGUUUUCGCAAUUCAGCAAGCUGACCCUGCGCGGGAAUGAAUUGUCGCCCGUGAAGCAUUUGUAUUUGGCCCAAGCCGCCGAGAACUUUGAUAAGGAACUUAAACUGCUCACCGAGUUGGCCGAUAAGUGCAUUGCUCGAGGCGUAGCCGUGGUGCAGGCUGCCUACUUGCAGAACAGGGAACGCCAACCGGUCCGUCCAAGUAUUCGCAUUGCUGUCAACCGAUUGCUGGAGGAUGCGGACAUAGCCACCGCGUUUGAGGUUAUCGAGAGUGUUUCCAACGCCGUCCUUUAAUUUUUUGUUUCGGAAGGAGUCGGAUUUAAGACAAAGGCCUUACUGUUAUAAUUAAUGGCCUAACUUUUGGCUCUAACCUUUUUCCAAUCAUUUAUUUAUAUCCAGUUCAGUAUAAAAUAUUUAAGCAAAACUAUUGAUGGCCUUGCACAACUAUUUGUUCCUGAGUUGUAUUACCUUUAAAUAAACACAUUAAAUCUAGGAAAAUUCCAAAGAUUACAAGUUUCAGAUAAGGCUGGUUAAAUAAAACUUUUAAGGUUACUUGGUACA